GGCGCCUUUGAAAAGUUGCCGAGGGCGCGGAUCCGCUCCCGCCGCGGCACUGGCCCGGCCGGCCCAGCUCGGCUCGGCUCGGCUCGGCUCGGCUGAGAGCCCCGAGCUGGGGCGGCUUUGCUGCGUGACACCCCCGGGCGCGGGAUUGGGAAGCAUGGCUGCUAAGAAACUAAGAAGAGCACAGUUGUCUCAGGAAAUGUGUGAAAGGCUGAGUCGCUAUCAGAUCACCACCUGUCAGGACUUCUUAUGUCUUUCCGUCUUGGAGCUGAUGAAAGUGACGGGACAGAGCUACUAUGAGGUGCAGAAGCUUCUCUGUAAAGUCAGCCGAGCUUGUGCUCCCAAAAUGCAGACAGCUUAUGAAAUGAAACUAAGGAAGUCUGUCAGUCCUUCUUCAGCCUUUUUAUCUACCACACUUCAUAAUUUGGAUAGAGUCCUGCAUGGUGGAGUGCCUUGUGGAUCCCUCACAGAGAUAACUAGCCCACCAGGUUGUGGCAAAACUCAAUUUUGUAUUAUGUUAAGUGUUCUGGCUACGCUGCCUGUAAGCAUGGGAGGACUAGAUGGGGCUGUUAUAUACAUCGACACAGAGUCUGCAUUCAGUGCUGAAAGGUUGAUUGAGAUAGCAGCAAACAGAUUCCCUACUUAUUAUGACUCAGAUGAAAAGCUGCUCUGCAUGACCCGUAGCAUCCACCUCUACCGAGAGCUGACCUGUUGCAGUGUGCUGAAGAGGAUUAUGUCUUUGGAAGAAGAAAUUAUUUUGAAGAAGGUUAAACUUGUAAUAAUUGACUCUGUUGCUUCAGUUGUCAGAAAGGAGUUUGACACAAAACUCCAGGGCAAUCUGGCAGAGAGAAGUAACUUUUUGACUAGAGGAGCAUCAGUGUUGAAGUAUUUGGCAGAGGAGUUCUCAAUACCAGUUAUCUUGACGAAUCAGAUUACCACAGCGCUGAGCAGUGGCCCUGGGCCCCGGGCAGACCUGGUGUCUCCAGCUGAUGAUUUGUCCCUGUCUGAAGGAUCUUCUGUGAGUGGGAAGAGGGAUUCUGGUUAUGUGACAGCAGCCCUUGGCAACACGUGGAGUCACAGCGUCAACACCAGGCUCAUACUACAGUACCAUGACUUGCCAAUAAGACAGCUCCUGGUUGCUAAAUCCCCUGUUGCUCCAUUCUCCACUUUUUUCUACACCAUUGAGAAAUCAGGCUUGAUUCUUCAGGAUCGAAAGGAUCAAACUAAUUUAGUUUGGGAAGGAACCAAUCCUGCCCUGCAGCCCAUACAAGUGAGGAACACUGCCUUGAAAGAUACUUUACAUGAUGCUGCUUUACCCAGCACUACUGGUGAGACUUCAAGAAAUACAUCAACUCUAUAGAAAGGACAAAUGAGACCUCCCCAAAGACUUGAAGGAAUGAUGACAUUGGUUUUCAAAAAUCUGGUGAAGCAGAGAUUGAACAUUCUUCUUCUUUCGUCUCUUCAAAGACUAACUUUAAAAGCAAGUGCUGUUCUUUGUAUAUGUGGGGCCAUACUUAACUCUGAACUUAUGAAAAACCUGUCUUUUGUUUAGGUUAAUUUAAGUUACCUAAUAAUAAAAGCCUCUGAACAACAUACAUGGUACUGAAGAAGUGUAGGCCACAUGUGCCUUCCUAAAUCACCUCGCCAUCUCAUCAGUUUGGAGGAACCAAUGGCCAAGCACAGGAGUGUCCACAGCCUAAAACACUGUGAAAUGUUCACUUCUUUUUUUUUAAGAGAAUAAUAAGCCCACUCAGUGGCUUGAUUACAAAGCAAUAGUACAGUAAGUACUUACUCCUGUAACUCACUUGGAAAUCAUCAGAGAUGAUGUAAGAGUUACAAAUAGCUGGGCUCAGACUGUUCAGAAUGUUAGGAGAACAGGUAGCAAUCUAGACAGUGGGAAGAUCAAUGUGUUUUACAGCUGCUCAGCUUUCUCUGUCUUCAAAGCACUUUUGAAGUAUUCACAACAUGACUGCGAACCACAGAACUGUUUUCUCACCUUACAUAGUUAGAGAAUGUAUGACUUGCUCAAGGCCACUAAAAGCAUCAUGGGCUGUGCUGUGAUCAGGAUGUGCUCCUGGCUCUCAAGGCGACAGGAAAGCCAUGGGUUCAGUUAGUGCCAGCUGCUGCUGAAGGCACCAUUGGCCUGAGAGGCUGCUUCUGUCCUCUGCCAUCGCAGGGAAAGCCUCCCUGAGCACCCUCUUGAGAAUUGUACAGAAAUGUGAGAGGUCUGAAGUAGUGCUGAAGUAGCUGAAGUAACCUGGCAAGGAAAUGAGCUGCAGUGAGGCCCCCUGGGGCAGCCAGGCAGGCAGGUUGCCAUCUGCUGUUUGCUGGGCAGUCUGGGGGUGACGAGAGAGUUCCUGGGAGCACGUGGCCCCUACUAAAAAGUACUGCACACUGUUAAGGCUGGUAGUGCCAGAGAUGUGGAAGCUGAUGUUCCAUCACUCCCAGGCACCGGACAGGAUGGCAUGGAGAGGCCAUCUCUGCAGCUCUCUGCUUGCACACUUGCUCACACAGCUUUGAGCUCUCCUGUAACAAGGAAGUUUCCAUCACAACAAGGAAGCUACUGCAUUUCAAUAAGCUACUUCUAAAAGUAAUACAUUUCACCCUAGGGAAGAGCAAUUUUGCAGCUUCAGUGUUACCAGUUUUGUGCUUUGAGGAGACCUUUGUAACAUGCAAUUUUAAUUUUAUUUUAGCUAAGAUUUAGAUUUUCUUCUUGACAGUGCUGCACUACCAGCCACUCAAACCCUGCUGAACUUGCUUGUAGCCAUUUUAUCUGAGUAUCUUGUAAAUAUUUGGUAGAGCACUCAGACAGAGAAGUGGUUUUUGCUCUUACAGUCACAUGCCUGGUUCCAGGACCUUUAAGAAGUACAAUAGACUGAAGGCAGGGAAAAUUCCACUGAGAUGCAUUCAAGUCUCCAGGGAGCAACUGCACUUUGUUUAGACUAAAAUUUCUCAUUGCUGUCUCUCCCUAUUUAAAAAAAACAUGGAAGGAUGGAGAGGGGAAGCUAGAGGGUUUCAUUAUUAUAAACACCAGAAUGCAAGGAGUUUUCACUCAUUUUGGUCACAUUGCAGAGCCGUUUGCAGUUGGAGAGGGAGAUAAGCUUUUCAAUGCUCUCUGCACUACCUGGGAAAUUUCCAUCAAGUUUUAAAAUGUUUUACAAACUUUACUGAAUUAAAGCUUAAUCCCCUUCUUCUCAUCCCCAUGAAGCAAGUACAGUUUAAAGAGAGGGCAAAUGAGACUAAAAUAGUUGUGCUUUGCUGAGGUCACAGGGGCAGCAUGGUAAGAGAACUUGGGUCUUUGAGUCCCAGCUUUCUGUCUUACACCAAAAACAACACACAUUCCUACACCACAAACAACACACAUUCCCUCCCUUUCCAAGACUUUCUCUACUUCCCUUCCUAGGAUAUAGUGAAAACAUGCUGGCAUCACACCUUGAGACAACCUUGGGUUUUCCCCCUUGCUCACGAUUGCUGUCCCAUGGAAUUAAGAUGUUGAAAAGAUCAAAGAGGGAUGUGAGGUGGGGAAAAAAAAUCAAGUCACUGCUCUAUCUGCCUUGGGCAUGUUCUGCCUCCAUUGCUGCCAGUGGAGUUGGUGUUCUGUUGAAAGCAAUCUCAAAAAUGUUUGUAUGUAUUUCCAUAUAAUAUUCAGGGAGAACUGUGGUAAAAAUGCCAUCAUCAACAAGAGAGCUUGGCUGACAAGAAGAUUGGACAGAUGAGCCAAUAAGUCACUCCUGUAUUGAAUAGAUGUAAUUUCAUUAUCCUUCUGUGUGUGACCUGCAUUUCUUACUGCUUCUUUUUAUUUGCAUCCUGUAACUACAGCUGCAGCCAUCUCUUUCACCUCUUCAGAAGAGAGGGAUAAUCUGUCAGCCAGUUCUUCUCCAGUGGUAUGAGUGGGAUUUUUACCAGAGGGAUUAAUGGUUAGUUGAAGAGAGCUGUUCCCAACAGGGCCAAGCAAAAAGCAAUAUGUAUGAGAUGAAGUGGAAGACAAGGAAACAAAUCUAUAGAUUUAAAGCUCUUAAAUUAUUUUCCCCUUAGCUUCCCUCAUUCACACUGUGAGAUAAGCAGACAUGCAAAGCUGGAUGUAUAUUGACAGUGACCAGUGUAAGCAGGACCGAGAGCUUCUUGCACUGUGCAAACAAAUCUGAAGUCAGUUAGCUACCAAAACCAGAUCAGUAUGUACCAGCUAUUCUAGCCCUUGUAGAUGAGAGACAUUGGGAGGAAAAUCAGUCCUCCUGUCUCUCCUGUGACCUUAUGAUGUACCCCAGCGCUAGAACCUUUGGCCUCUUAAUGCUGUUACCUUUUUUGACAAGGCUCCAGCGCUGGUCCUUGGGUAGGCUGCUUCUAUAGCACUCUUUCCUGCAGAGGAUCUGGACUCAGUGCAAAUGCUGUGCACAGUGCUCAUUUCAUUCCCUGCUGAAAG